GAACUGAUCUGGCUUUCUUUUGUCCGUUUCCUUUUUCAUUCCUUUCUUUUCCCUUUUAUUAACUUUUCUGAUCUCAUUACAGCGUGACGCUUCAAGCAGAAACAGCCAUUGAUUUUUUCCAUUGGGUUCAAGCAUUGAAAUCUUGGAACUUAAAUCAGCCGCCUCCCGUCAAGACAAAUAGAAGCUCUUCGUUUGAAGCGACAAGGAUUUCUUCUCUUUCUUCUGCAAUGACGUUGUUGUCGUCAAAAAAGCCCACCUUGACUACAACGACGCAAAUUCAUUCACAACAGAAAAUGGAACCUAACUUUAAGAAGAAAAGUCUCGAUCUACUUUCCACAACAAAUUUUAGAUUAAGUCCAACCAAAUUUACGCGAAGAAAUAGUAACGAGAUCAUAAGAAAGACCAACGACAAUAAUGAAAUAGUGGAUUUCGUCCUGGGUUAUCCGAUUCCUGUGACAGAGUGUCCUAUUGAUUGUUGCAAUUUGACGGAAACUCCCUACGAUCAAAUUAAAACUGCUGAGAUGACAGGCGUUUUCAAAAUAUAUAAAGCUUGUAUAGCCAAUUCGAUCUGUUCAUCCACCGAUCAUUAUUUAAACGAGGAUUUACAAACAUUAUACAUUUCUUUAUUCAACGAUGAUGUGCUUCAUUUACAAACAGAAAAUGAUGGACGUGCCUCUUAUUUUCAUCGACCCAUUCAUUUGUCUAGACUUUCUUCACGCGAUAUUUACGCAUUUCCUGAUACGAAUGAUUCCUUGAAACAUUGCCUCGCGCUCCGCCCAUCAGCAAACGAAAUCUAUCAUUUGAUGGCCAACAGUAAAAUGGAGCGAGAUGCAUGGCUCACUCGAUUGAAACAGAAUUGCAUCGGUGAUACCACAGAAGCAUCUCGACAGACAGCAGUUGGUACUACUGCUGGACAUUGUGUGUGUAGUCUCACUCUACGCAUCACGGAAGCCCGCCACAUGACAACAGCCUCGCCUUCCAGGAGAGACCUUAAAACUGCCAACGAGUUCUAUUGUGAUGUCGUUGUGGAUCAUCAAUUGCGAGCGUUGACGGGUUAUUUGAAGAAAGCAUCGACAUUGUAUUGGGGAGAAGAAUUCCAAUUCAGGUAGAGUGGUGGACAUGUUUUGAUUCAGCUAUAAGCAACCCCUCCGCUCAUUUACUUUUUUUCCCUUUUAGUGAUAUUCCUAAAAUAGAACAAGGUAUUGUGAUUAACAUUUAUUCUAGAAGCGAAAAGAACACCCACAGUUCACGGAAGGCUAUUUAUGGUAGGUUCCGUUGAAUAGAUCUCGAAAGAAAGGAAAAAAGAAAAAAAAAAAAA